CACAAAGGCCGAGGUAUGCUGGGGCUGGCCUGGGCGGGUAUCAGCCGCAGCCUGGGCGAGCACCUCCAGGUGGGACUUUCCGAGCUCCGCCGAGUGGGUUAGGCUGGCGGCUGGAUGUCGUUCCCCCCUGCCCUGCCCUCGGCUUUGUCGCGUGAGUCUAGCGAUGCCUUUCGCCGCGGCAGAGGUGAGGCUCGUGCUGAUGCUGGCUCUGGUGCCCAGCCCAGGACUGGCUGGGCCAGUGAGCACCUGUGACGCGAACGGCAGCCUCUACUACGUGGGCGAGUGGUAUUUCCUGGACAGUGACCACUGCACCCAGUGUGAGUGCACGCCCGAGGGGCCAGCGUGCGCUCGCACCGACUGCAUCGCCCUGCCACCUGCCUGCAUCCACGUCAGCCACUACCCCAGUGACUGCUGCCCGCGCUGCGAACGUGUCGGCUGUGAAUACCGUGGCCAGGUUUAUGAGCUGGGACAGCAUUUCCAGCCAUCGGAGUGUGAGCAGUGUACCUGUGAUAUGGAUGGCAUAGCUCGCUGCCUAGUGGCAGACUGCGCCCCUCCACCAUGUGUCAAUCCCGUCUACGAGAAGGGUCUCUGCUGCCCCUCCUGCAAGGAUGGGCCCAACUGUUACGUGGAUGGGAGCCGGCAUCAAAUCAUCCCUUCUGGGGAAAGCAUCUGGGUGGGGCACUGUACACUUUGCCGUUGUCAUGAUGGCCAAGAUGCUGGCUACUGGGAAGGAAAUCGUGUAGCCAAAUGUGAGCUAUUACAGGGUUGCCAGACUACACCAGCUGGACACCAUGCCUGAGUUGUUUACACCCAGCAAUUCCUCAGCCAACCCACCAGAUUAAUACGUCUCAAAUCCCCACUCAUACAAACAGUCCCUGUCCACCAGCUCCUUAUUUUCUCCCAUGAAUGUCCUGAACUAUGACGCAUGGGACAUAACAAGCAUUGCCAGGACCCUUCAAUAUGCCUCUUUAUUUAGGGUAUCACCUUUACUCAAUCCCCAGACAAACUUUUCAACCAUCUGUUCUACUUCAGUUGUGUUCAGAUACAGCCUGCACUGAUUAAACAUCUAGCCCUAUGUAACCAUGGAACAAGCAAUAAUAAACAACCGCAGAGCAAGCAAUUGGUCUAAUCUCCUAGGCUACUUAGCCAUAUAUACCCAGUUCUUUAGGCUAGACCCAGGCCCUCUUUCGGGCUAACAAAAGGCACUAGUGUAAUAUACCACAGUCAACUUUAAAGUGGCUCACCCUAAAUUCUGUAAUGAAAUGGAUGAAAAGGUAUACUCUAUGUUGGGGAUGAUUAGGAAAGGGAUUGAAAAUAAAACGGCCAAUAUUAAAAUACCCGUGUGCAGCCUCAUUUGGGAUGCUGUACGCAGAACAGAGCGCAGUUCUGGCCAUCAUAUCUCAAAAAGGACAUUGCAGAGCUGAUAAAAGUACAGAAGAGAGCAACCAAGAUGAUUAAGGGCUUGGAGCAUCUUUCCUAUGAGAAAAGGCUGAAGAGUCUGGAACUUUUCAAUUUUAGAAAAGAGAUGAUUAAGGAGGGACAUGAUAGAGUUUUAUAAAAUUAUCCACAGGGUAGAGAGUAGACAGGGAUAACUGGCUGACUACUGUGUGAGAGAGGAUGCUGGAAUCUGGUCUGUUCCAGCAGGGCUUUUCUUAUGUUUUUAUGAAUAGCUAGAUAACACAUGCAAUAACCUUCUACCGACUCAAAUAACUAGUCUAGCUAGGUCAGCAUAGUCUACUUGGACUGUGGAGGGUUUCCAGUAGAUUUCUUUCACAUCACUUCUUACCUGUCCUUUUAAGUAAAGAUGCCAGAGAUUGGGGGACUUUUUGCAUGUGAAGCGG